AUGAUCAAGGCGUUGGCUUCAAAUCCAAAGCUAAAAGAUGGGAAUUCAAUCCAUUCUCAUCUUAUCAGAAGUGGGUUUGAUUCAAACCAGUUUGUCAUGAGUUCAUUGAUCAAACUUUACACAAAAGGAGGUUCAAUUGUCUCUGCACGCCAAAUUUUUGAUGAAAUGAAUCAACCAGAAAUUGUUGCAUGGACCGCCAUGAUUAAUGGGUACUUAACGCAAGGUGAGCUCAAUGAAGCAUUAGCUUUGUUUAAGCGUAUGUGUAUGGUGGGUCCGGAACCAGACUCUGUGACUUUAACUGUGGUUCUCUCAGUUUGUGGAAAAUUAGGGGACCUGGGUGUCGGUAUGCAAGUGCAUUCCUUCAUAGAAAAGCAUGUGAUAGAGAGAGAUUCAUUUCUUGGCAACUCACUCAUGAUAAUGUAUGCUGAAUGUGGCUUCUUGGAUAUUGCACACAAGGUGUUCGAUGAAAUGCCUCGCAGAACUGUUGUCUGCUUUAAUUCUAUAAUUUCUCAAUAUUUGAAGCAUGGAGAGGUUGAAAUGGCUAGAGAUAUAUUUGGGAAGAUGCCAUUAAGGGAUGUGGUUUCAUGGAACACAAUGCUUACCGGGCUAGCGCAAACAGGACACAGCCAGGAGGCUCUCACACUUUAUCGCGAAAUGGGGACCUUUGGGAUGAGACCCACUAAGGUAACAAUGCUGGGUGUGAUAUCCUCGUGCACGGACCUUGGAGCUCUAGGAUUAGGAAUGUGGGUUCAUGCCUAUGUAGAGAAAAAAAGCUUGAACUUUGAUGGUUUCUUAGACUCUGCGUUAAUUGACAUGUAUUGUAAGUGCGGGAGCAUUGACAUGGGGCUCCAACUCUUUGACAGGGCUUUGAGAGGGGAUCUUAUGUCAUGGACAUCAAUCAUUUGCGGAUUAGCUUCACACGGGCAUGGGGAACAAGCCCUACGUUUAUUUUCGAGAAUGCGAGAGUCAGGCAUCGAGCCAGACAAUAUUGUUUUCUUAGGGGUCCUUAGUGCUUGUAGUCAUGCAGGCUUAGUAGACGAGGGGAUUAGGCAUUUCGAUUCGAUGGAAAAUGAGUAUCGAAUAACUCCUAAGAUUGAGCACUAUGGUUGCAUGGUCGAUCUAUUUGGCCGAGGUGGCCAACUAGAAGAGGCACUAAGGCUCAUAUUGGGUAUGCCUAUGAGGCCAAAUGCUAUUGUGUGGGGGGCUUUGCUCAGUGCUUGUAAGGUUCACAAUGAUGGAAGAUUAGGAGUGAUGGUGGCAAAAAGGCUUUUAGAGUUGGAGCCAAGUGAUCCAGGUAAUAGCAUAUUGUUGGCCACCAUUUAUGCGAGGGAUUAUGAAUGGGAUUGUGUUAUGAGGCUUAGGAAAGAAGUAAGGGAAAGGGGCUUGAGAAAAACACCAGGGUGCAGCUCCAUUGAGGUUUAUGGCAUUGUUCAUGAGUUUCUUGUUGGAGAUAGUUCACAUCUCGAAUUCAAAACAAUAUACUCAAUGUUGAAAACAAUUGAAGAGCAGAUAAAGAAUACCACAUGUUUUCAAGACAACUAG